AUGCAUUUCAAUUUUGUACAAAAAUAUAUUUCUCAAUUCUUCGAGUAUUAUAUUCUACUAAUUAUUCAUCAUCCAUGGUUCUUUAUUUCAAUUCCAAUACUGCUAACAGUUACACUGAGUAUUGGCUUACAGUACCAACAGAAUGCUUUUGUUAAAGAUGAACUUAGUCAGUAUAUUCCGAUUAAUGCACAAGCCGGAAAUGAAUUACAACAACUUGAUGAGUUAUUUCAUAUUGAUGAUUAUGAUCCAUUCUAUGCUACAAGAAGAUAUGAUAUCAAACGAACUGGAUAUAUUAUCGUACGAAGUAUUGUAAAUGAUGAAGAUGUACUGAAGCCAACUAUUUUAGAUGCAGUAUUAAAAUUAUGGAAUGUAAUACAGAGUAUUCGAGUUGAAGGACCAAAUGAUACGACUUUUGAUUAUCCAUCAAUUUGUGUAAAAUUUCCAAUUUCACCUGAAUUUGAUGAAAUUAUUGCAAAUAUUUUAAUGCAUAAAUCAUCCAGACUACAAGAAGAAUGCGUGUCAAAUCCAUUAAUAACUGCAUUCAAAAUGUUUUUAAAUGGUGAUUUAAAUCCAAAAAAUGACACUAUCGAUCAGAGAGUUUUGAAAUUAGUGGCAGAUUCAAUCUCAUUGGACUUAUUAACUAGUAUUUGCAACUUUUUGGGUGGUAUUACAUUUGACGAGAAGCAUCGAAUUUCUGGUGCAAAAGCAAUUAUGUUACCUUAUGCAUUGCGACAUUCAACAGUCUUCCAGGAUAAUUUAGCUGAAAAAUGGGAGCUAAAAUUAGCUGAUUUCUUAUUGCAAUAUGCUUCAAAUAUUAUCAAAACUUCCUUAUGGACUUAUGAAACGAUAGCUAUUGAAAGCGCUAAUGGUCGUGAGCAAUUAAUUAAAAUGUUACUUCCAAGUUUCCUAACAUUAUUACUGUAUACAAUUUUAUGUUGCUGUCUACCAUCUUGGAUUUAUUCUCGACCAUGGUUAGCUGCUGGCGGUGUUGUCAGUGUAGCAGGUGCUAUUAUUAGCGCUAUCGGUUUAUUACUACUAUUGGAUUAUCAUAUUACAAGUGUUGCAUAUUUAAUGCCAUUUGUUAUAUUCUCAGUUGGAGUUGAUAAUGUAUUUAUCACCUUAUCAGCGUGGCGUUCAACUUCACUUACUGAUUCAUUUGAGUUACGUAUGAAAAAAGCAUUCACAGAUGCAUCACUAUCAAUUACAAUAACAUCGCUUACUGAUUUUAUUUCUUUUAUUGUUGGUUGCUUUGCACCAUUUAAAUCUGUUCAAUCAUUUUGUUUGUAUGCUGCAACGGCUAUUUCAUUCACAUAUAUUUAUCAGUUAACUUUUUUCUCGGCUAUAUUAGUUUUAACAAGUAAGCGUGAAAUUGCUAAACAACAUUGCUUAACAUUUCAAAAAAUGAUAACGUCAAGAAAACGGAAAUAUUCCGGAUCACAUUUUCAAGUUGUACCAUAUAAAAGUCACACAAUUUAUUUGUCAACAAUUAAAGAGGAAAAGAAAACAAUAACUUAUCGAAAUAAUCAUUUAAUUGCAAACUUUUUCCGUACAACUUAUUCCGAUUGGCUAUUGAAACCGUUUGUACGAUUAAUUGUACUUCUACUUUUCAUCCUUUAUCUUAUAGUAUCAAUUUGGGGUUGUUUACAUGUAAAAAUAGGCCUUGAACCAAAUAAAUUACUUUCAAUCGAUUCAUAUGGUCAUGAAGGUUUAUCUGUUAUGGAAAAAUACUUUUCUGAUUAUGGAUCAUAUCUACAUGUAUGGAUGUAUAAUUUGUCACAGAUCAAUUUUUCAAAUCGUCAAAUCUGGACGGUAUUAGAAGAUGAAAUAGCAUUGUAUGAAUAUACCGAAUAUACUGGACUUAGUGAUUCAUGGUUACGAACAAUGAUACAAUACUUUGAAAAAAAUAAUAUUGCAAUAACAUCCGAUAAUUUUGUAUAUAUUUUAAAAAAUAUUUUUCUUUCUCAACCACAAUUUGCUCGUUACAAACGUGAUAUUUUAUUUGAUUCUACGGGUAAUUUACUUGACGUUUCACGUGUUCUCGUUCAAUUACGUUACGUUGGAGCAAGUAAUCAAUCUCGUGCUAUGCGAAUUUUAAGAAAUAUUGCAAAAUCACGUACCAUUAAGACUGGAGUAUAUGCUGAUUUCUUUCAGUUUGCGGAACAAUAUGAUGCAAUGCUUCCGGGUACGUUAUCAACAAUAGCAAUUGCUAGUUUUGCUGUUAUCAUUGUUUCAUUAUUAUUAAUACCAAAAAAAGUGACAACAUUUUGGGUAUCAUUAAGUAUCAUUACGGUAAAUGUGGGUAUUCUUGGUUUUAUGACAUUUUGGAAUGUUCGACUUGAUUUUAUCUCUAUGAUAACAAUUGUUAUGAGUGUUGGCUUUUGCAUUGAUUUUGCUUCACAUUUGGCAUUUAAUUUUGCUAAGGAUGAAGGAAUAAGCACUUCUGAGCGAAUGCGUAAUGCUUUAUAUAAUGUUGGUGUUCCAAUAAUACAAUCAGCCAGUAGCACAAUUAUUGCAUCUAUUGAUAGCUAUAUAUUUCGUUCAUUCUUAAAAAUGAUUAUCUUAGUGAUAACACUUGGUGCACUACAUGGUUUACUAAUACUUCCUAUCUUACUUACAUUAUUCAAUUGUGAUAACAAAACUACUUAUGCUACGUCACGAAAGGAUAAAUUAAAUGUAAGAACGAUGAAAAAAGUAUCAAAAUUAACAUUAACCUCCUCUUUUUCUGCAUGGUAUGAUUCGUCUACUAUAACUGCAAUAGAUACUACUCCUAAAUACAUUCAUACUUGUAGAAAUCCAAUAGUAUCACAUCUCGAUAUUAUCACAUUGCAAUCAUACUGGGAUCAUCAAUCUUAUCACCCUAAUGUGUACGAAAAAUACUGUGACAACGAACUGACCAGUACACUACAUCAAACAUUUGUACGACAAAGUUAUCCAAAUUUUUACACUUCCUUUACGGAUUUUAGAUACGGUAGUAUUCCUCGUUCACUGUAA